UUAGCGUUUUCCAGUUGGUUUACUAUUGAUGACUUAUUAGUUUGGUUUGCCAUCUAUACCCAGAAGCGGUCGUCUCUCACUGAGAAUGCCAAAUAUUUUUAGCAGUCAAUGCUGGCGUCACUGGCGUGAAAUGACGGGUUUGAAAGUAAAUAUUCUGACCGUGUCGUAUGAUUUAUCAGUUCGGUUUUUUUUUCAAUGGGAGACGUUUGUUUCGUCGGUGACUGAACUCACUACUAUGGAUAUGAGUGCAUCUUUAAUUUUUCGCAGAUAAUAGCUUAUUACGCGCUAGCAGGUCGACGUGGUGCAUGGAGUGUGCCCUACAGACGCAUUACACACAAGUGUCAAUGCUGCCGUUUUGUGUCAACCUCUGGGAGAGACCGGCUUACGCAGAACCUCUCAUUGUCCGCAGUGAAGGAUUGAUCAAAUGUAUUUUACAAGAUUAAGACUGUUAGAUGUAUCAAGGAUAAACAAAUGGCUUCAAAACAUGCGUGUAACAGCCUCGAUGAUUUGAUCGCCAGCGGAAUAAACAAUCCUCGCGCGCUUGGUUCGAUUGAAUGGAUAGGUAUGGGGAUGGGAUCCACCUUAUGUUUCCAGAAAAACGGAAAAACACUGGGGCUGAAUCGAAUGUGGACUAAAUGUAUUUUAUCCGUUGGAAUGGUUUUGCUUUUAAUGCCGUCGGUCCUAGCUGCUGAUGAUGAAGGGCACUACAACGAGUCAUCAAGGCAUGCGGCUCUGCCUCAGGACCCAGCCGUGCCCUCUAACCUCUCUGCCAGGGCAACGCCAGUGGAGGACGGGCCCCGGGCCCCUCCAGCCAUACCCACGGACCCAACAGACCCAUCAGGGGUGACAGCAGAAAGCAUCAGAGUGCAGCCUGUGCAACCAUCAGUGCUAGCUAAUGCCUCCUCCUUAGCCUCCUCCUCAGCCAUCAACAGUGACAAUCAAACAGCAGGAACAACAGACCCUUUGUCUUUAGCCCCUGUAACCAACAGCACCUCAAACACCAGUCCAGAGGAGGGAGACAGCAGUCUGCCUGCGAACCCAGAUUUACCUACAGUCCCAGUGUCCUCUCUGGCCACAUUGGGGGAGAGCGACGCCACCCUCCCAGACAAUGUGACUAGUCCUUUCUCCACUCACACAUGGAACACCACUACACCUGCAAGGGCUGACACCAACACCACUACACCAUCCACCACAGCAGCACACACCAACCCAACACCAGACACUGUGACCAAUGACAGUCUACAGCUCACGACUGUGACCACCACGACCGUCACGCCCCUGACCGUGACCACCACAACUGUGACACCCCAGACCACCACAGCUACGACCACAGAGGCUGUUACAACCACAACCUGGACCACUACGACCACACAGGAAGCGACCACCCUCCAAGAGACCACAGUGAUGGCAACCACAACUGACCAAACCACGACCACAACCACAACCGCUCCCACUACAACCACAAUUGCACCGACUACCACUUUGACCAUCCCCACCACCACCAAAGGAACAACCCCUGAACCGACCACAACUGAACCAAUCCCCACCAGUCCUGAAGGGGAGCAUCUACCAUGUAACAUCACUGAGAAGACCUGGGUCAAAACAGUUUUGUCCAUGCAGCUGUGGAGGAACAGGCUUGAUAUCAUGACGAGGCAGAAUCUGUCUAAAGGACUCACCCAUGCUCUACAGAGGGCCUUCAACGACACCAAUGUUUAUGUCCAGGUUGAACGGGACCUCUGCAGCCCUCAUAAUGUCACUCUUGGGUACUAUGUAGCCAGUGGGAAAACGGUCUACAUCGCAUCUGUGGUGGUGGAGACACUGAAUACCUAUGGCUUUGACAAAGUGCUGGCAGACAUCCGGCAGCACAGUCCUCUGGUGAAGGCUGUUCUGCUCCCUGUAGCCCCCUGGGCCUCCAGCCUCAGUGUCCAUCUGCAGCUCAAAACAGUUCUCAGGUUUGUAGGCCCAGAAGACAAUGUCAACUCCUGCAGUUUUGUUCAAAUGAUGGAACAACGGCUGGAGAAUGCAUUUGAGGAAGCUCAGGACAAAGUGCUGGAAUCUUACAGCGGGUUUUCUGUGGAGAUCCAGAGCACCGCCCAGGUGAUUGGCUCUCCUGCCGUGUCGCUGGUCUACGUGGUGAAGAACGAGAACGCGGUGCUGAACGGAACUGUCUCCAGCGGUCUCCUGAACCAGCUGACCGCAGAGCUGGUGGGCUACUUCCUCUUCUUCCCCCCGCUCAUCAUCGCUGAGCCACUAGAGUACCACAACCUCAACACAUCCACUGCCACAAAGCACUACUGGGUGAUCACAGUAAUUCAGGAUGUUGACAGCUCUUCUCUGGAAGGGAAUUAUCAGAGCUUUGCUAGUUUAAUGGAGCAGCGGCUGGCUGAGCUUUUUUUGGUGUCUGGGCGUCAGGGGAGUCAGGGGAGCCGCUUUAGAAGGGCCACCACCGUCGGGAGCUACACCGUCCAGAUGGUUGGCAUUCGUCGACUCCCGGGGCCUAAGAACUCAGCCGAAAUGACCUACUAUGCCCAACUGAAUGGUGCCCCCAUAACUGGCACCACAGCAGCUAAGACCCUCAGUACCUUGGAUUCCCAAACCAUGGCCCUCACUCUGGGCUACUUUGUCCUGCUCCAAGCUGAUCCUGUGGUAAAGGUCCCGCCUGCCAAUCUGUGGAUCAUGGCUGUGCUGACGCCUGUUGCCCUGGUGAUGGUUGUUGUCGCCAUGGUCACCGCCAUCGUGUGCAAGAGGAACAGGGUCAUCUUCAAGACGGGCGCUUUCAGGAGCUUCAAACCCCGCUCUAAGACAUCCUAUCGGAGGGAGGGCAGUUAUCACCACCAGCAUGUGCAGGGAUUUGACUAUGCCAAGAAGCACAUAGGCCAUCAGCAAGGUGAGGAGACCGUCUCUGUUACCAAGGAGACGCUGGUUCUGGGCCUCCCAGUGAGAGAUGCCCCGUUGUCAUUGGACAGGAAGGUGCACCAGGAUGGGAUUGCCUCUAAAAGACCUCCUUCUGCUGACAUCAUCCACAAAGGCAGGUUGCCAAGCGAGGACGGCUCGGUUGCGAGCAACGAAUCCGGGAAACUCAACACGGGCAAGAGCUUGGCGGCACGGAGGGCUGCGGCACAGAAGAACACCAAGGAGGAUCUGCUGCACAAGAGGAGCGCAGAUCCCUACGAGGACCAUACCGGCUCACUGCGACUCAUCACCAUCAAGCCAAUGGCGGCCCAGCCCACAUACUCCUACCCAUCCUCCUCCAGUCACAGCCAGGACUCAGUCGUCCUCAAUGGGGAGGCAAACAUGGGGCUCAAGCAGAAAACCGACAUCGAACACUACAGGAACAAAGUGCGCCAGAAAGCCAAGAGGAAAGGUUACUGUGAUUUCCCCAUCACAGACAAUGGCAUCCAGCCAUUCAACCCCAGAGAGAGGCACAGUAGGCCUGAGAUGGCAAAGGAGCCAAUGACUGCUGAGGAGAAGAGGGCCUCCUAUGCAGGAUGCCACAUCAGGAGGCACCCCCCAUCGAGAGAGCCAGCCUACUGGAGUCGUCAGUCCCUGGCCGCCAGCAGCCCUAGCCCCGUGGAGACGGAGAUGGACCUGCUGGUCCUCAGGGAGAGGUCCAGGAGAGGCAUCCGCAACAGCGGUUAUGACGCAGAGCCAGAGACGUUCCAGGAGACCAACGUGGACCGACUGAUGUGCUCCCUGGGUUAUGGUGGAAGCCAUCAGGUCAAAGGUCUCUCUGACUCGUCCACUCUGAGCUCUCAGCCCUCCAUCGACGAGGUCCGGCAGCAGAUGCAUAUCCUGCUGGGUAAUGCCUUUGGGCUGGCCCCAGACGAGCCCUCGCCUGCCAGCCACCACCACCAUCACCACCACCACCCUCACCCCCACCUCCACAGUUCCUACAAUCCCAGCCACACCAGCGCUUACUCCGAGGGUGUGACCAGCGCUCCUGGCACCAUGAACCAUCCAUGCGGAGGAGGCCACCAGCGCGGGUCUGCCUACGGGCCGGAAAUCCACCAGUGUAGCUUACCCAAACCUGGCUUCAGGUUCACUCAGCUUCCUGACAUGGGCGUUGGACCCCCACCUCCUCUGAUACCCUCCAGGCCUGGACCCCCUACCGGGACCUCAAUGAGGCUUUCUUCACCGGAUGUCAGCCUGAAGCCUCGUGUUUCCGAGGUCUCUGAGAUGCAGAGUCAGCACAAUGGUGCCCCCUAUCUGCCUAUUAACAGAGCGCCCUUCCCUGCUGUUACUGUUGACCAGUCCAUGACCAGCUACUCAGGAAACCCAAUGACAGGAGUCUACGCCAUAUCAGCCAACCGCCCUGGUUACUCAGACUACUUUGUCAUGCCUCCACCAGCCUCGUAUGGAAGCCCAUCCUGGAUGUCCUACCCACCAGAACCCGAGGACAUCCCACACCAGUGGAAUGAUACUGUAAAUACUAAUCCGUGUCAUUUAGAAACCAUUUGUUGAGAUGACAUGAUCUUUGGAGCUGAGUGGAGACAGCAUAUAUUUCGGUGUCCUUUUGGUUAGGCAGUAGGGCCUCCCUCCCCCACAUUGAGUACCCCUGGACUCGAGCACCCCGCCCUGCCCUUCACCCCUGGCCCUGGCUACUGGCCCCUGGCCUGCCUCCUCAGCCCAGCCAGGCCCUCUCUGCUCUGCUCUCUGAGCCCCAGGUCUCCCAGACCUCACAGCCUCCAUGUCAACUGCCACCAGCCAGCAGAGGAUGGCCUAGACUAGAGUACAGCAGCACUAUCCCCCAUGGUAGUGCCACAUACAACCUCUACCCUGGUCCACACCAUCCAACGACAGGGCUGGCAAAGCUGGACUAACUAACUGUGCUUUUUGAUUCUCCAAAUUCCUUAAUGGACAGAAGACUUGUACCUACUACUGGUGUUUUGUGUGUAUUUAAAAAAAAAACUUAGUCUCUCAGUUUCAGUUGUUGGAUAUUUGUGUGCUUUGUCGUUUACUUUCAUGCUUUACUUCUUUUUAAAAGGGGGAAAUAAUUGAGUGAGUGUAUGUUGUGCGCUCACCUUAUUAAAAGGCAAAAGAGAAAAAAAAGAAGGAAAAAAAGUGGGAAGGAAGGCUUUGGUGUGAGUGGCUAUGUCAUUCUGUAUUUUUAAAAUGUACUCAUGACCUUUACCCAAUCAGAUUACAGUAAAAAACAAAACAACGGUCACCUGUUCUGUCAUUCAUAUGUUUAUGAAGUUUGUCUACUGACCACGAUUAUGAAAAGAUGAAUAGAGUCGUAUAUUGCCGCACACAAAUGAUCUUACAAUAGUUCUUCACGUGUUACGGUUUUGUAUUUGGAGAUUUUGACUUAUAUUGGGUCCUAUCCUUCUCACUGGACAGAGUAGUAAAGAAGAUGGGUGUCGGAUGGGCCACAGGUGUGUUGAUUAAAUAUAUUAUGUAACGUGAAGACAUUAAUUAUUGAAGAGACUUGUGCCAGCCGUGAGAGACAGAGAGAGAGCGAGAGAUUUUCUUGUAUAUUUUGACACCAUUUUCUUUAGAAGUUAUCUUGCUUUACUGCAUUUUUUAAUUUGAAGGAUGGUCAGAUUGCUUUCAAUCCUAUUUUCUAAUUUGUCAAAGGGUACCAACACACAUAGUGUAAAACAAAUAGCACAUUUCGAAUGUAUUCAUGUCGGUGCAUAUGCUGGUAUAUGCUAAAUGACUCACUCGGUCAUAACAUAAGCAAAAUGAUGGAUAAUUCCAUGUUUUACUAGUAUUUACUGAGUUUUCAGGAUCUCAAAACAAGGAAACGUGACGGCUAGGGCCCUUUACCAUGUACUGUACAUGCUACUAGUUCAGUUAAUCAGUACAGUUAGGUGUAGAUCAACAGCCACCAAAACAUGUUACCAGAUUGGGCGAUGUGUAUUACUGCGCUGACAUUGCAUAUCUGAUAAUGACAUAGCGUUGGAAAUGCUUUCACAUUUUCGGAAUAAUAACAGAAUAAUGUCUAAUCAAUGUGAUAUAAUAGGAAAUAGAAAAUACAGUUUGAUCUAUCACAAUGUAGGUACGACAUUAGUUUAGUAUGAACAUAGUACUUUCUUAGAUUACCUGGCUCUACAAAACUGCAGUAUCAAUGUGAAGACUUUGUUAAGCAUGCAAUAUUCAUAUUUGAAAUAUUAGAAAAAAAUGUUUUUUUUUUUAUUUUACCAUUUUUUGAGCUAUACUCAAUGAUAAUGACGCAAAUGCAAAGUCAGUAUCUAGUCCAUUCGUUUGACUGGGUAGGUGUCUUUAAAUGGAUCUCAACUGUUGCUACCCAGUUUGACAAAUGUUAUUUGACUAUUUUUCUACAAAAUUAUGAAUCAAUUAUUUUUGGGAGAUGUAGUUCCAAAAGUUAAAAUAUUCCACAGGAAAUAUGAUGACAUUUUAAAAAGCUGAGACGCAAAUACCUUUUGAGAAUCUAUAAGAUGUGCUCUGUAACACUACCUUCCUUUUCACCUCUACUCAUACAUUUGUAAAAAAAUCCUCUACCAGAUUUGACUCACAAUAAAGUUUCACUCAACAAUGUGGAUGAGACUUGAAAAGGAAUCAUAAUGUAGCCUACACAUUUAACAUCUUGGCCUUUGUCGAGCACAAACAAUUUGGUUGGUGCUUGGAAUCAUCAUCAUUAUCACUUGUAUCGCUAAAAGACAAAAAGGUACGCCCGUUUGUUUCAAAUAAUAUCAUUGGUAUGUUCACCCAUAUUUCAAGCUAAUGAAUAGAAAAUAUGAUUGAUUAAAAACAGUCAAAAGGAACAUAACGAAUGAGUUGACACAAGUUGAUGCACUGCUGAUGCGUCUUUCAUCAGACACAUUUCUGAGGUGGAAUGUGACGACAGGCCCCUGAGGUUUCUGAAGGCACAGCAGUUUGAAUCAUGUCAUACAGAAUGCAGUUGGAUGUAGUUAUGCAGCAUUUGGGUGGAAUAAAAACCAAUAAAUUA